AUGUCAGCCGCACAGGUAAGUUUUUGUGUUAUUUUGGGGUAAUUUUUCAAAAUUUUAUUUCCAAAAAGUCAAAAAAAAAGAUGUAAUUACACAAAUUUCUGCAAAUUUAAAAAAAAAGUCUUAUUAUUACAGUGAGGGACCGGAUCCAGUGGCAAAAAACGCCCCACUUUGCAUCCCGGAAGGGACCAAAACGUCUCCAAACCACGCGCCCUUUCCUUCAAGGCGGGCUUUUCAAAGCGGAGUUUUUUAGCUUAGAGAAGGGAAGGAUUUGGAGACGUUUUUUGCCACUGGAUCCUGUCCCUCACUGUAUAUUCAAAAUAAUAAUAUGCAUGUUUUACGUAAAAUAAAAUAAGCUUUUGAAAUUUGCAUAUUCAUAAUUUUUCCUCCAAAAAAUCCCUAAUUUUUGUCUAUUAUAUUCCCAAUUUUUAGGCCAUAUUUGGCGUAGCGGUAUUCAUCAAAGCCAUCCUGUACGCGGGUCUAGUCGUUCUUGGCUAUUUCAUGAAACAAGAGCUGAUAGCAAUGAUUGCUGGUGGAGCCCUUCUAUUAGUCAGCGUAAUCGAGUUGCUAACCCUUCUCAGCAACAGUCCCAUUGCUUCGGGCUUCUCAAUUCUCUUGGUGGUAAGUACCUUUACUGCAUUUUACAGGGUGAUUCAAAAAAAAAAUGGAAAAUUUUUGAAGUUGGUGUAUCCCACCACGAAUACCUCAGUCAUUGGAAAGAAAAAUGGUUUUCUAAUUGUCAACAGUCCUGCUUCAUCACAGCCAUUUCAGUUUUUAAAAUAGCUUUGUUGAACGGCUGAUAUGGGCCAAAAUGUCAGGCCAGCCCAUAUUCUUACCACUUUUUCCAAAGAUUUUGUAGGUCCAAAAAUUUCGAACGACCUCUCAAGCCAAGAAAGAUCGGAGAAAGAAAAUGUCCAUUUUUUUUUGUAUCACUCUGUAGAGUUUUUUGAGAAAAUAGAACAAUUUUAGACCCUAGAAGCGGUAUUGUUAGCGGCAGCUCUCGGUUACCUCGUCUACUUGAUCAUUGAGUUGCCGACGUGGUGGAAGGAAUGGCUGGAUGAAAGGUUCACAGAGAUCUGGAAUGUUAACAGUAAGCCUUUUCUAUGGUUAAAUAUAAAAAUUUUAUCUGACGCUUUCGAUUUUAUUGACACUUGCAGAGAGAGUAUGAGAAAUGAAGAUAGACGGCCAGAAAAAAAAAUUUCUUCUGGCCAUAUAUUUUUCGGAAAAGUAAUUUUUUGUCGACGAUACUGUUACUUUGAUUUGCUAUUUCUUUGCUCCUAAAAUUCAUAGCUUUGAAUCCCAAAUUUUGCAAAAUAAAAGAAAUUGCAAAAUUUUGAAGUGAAAAUUUCGCUCGUUUUUUAAAAACACCGUCUAGAAAUGCUGUAUUUUUCUGACGUUAGGAAAAUUUUCACUUCGUUCCAAGUUUCGCUAAAAUCUGAGCGUCGCACUUGGACCUCCUCCCGAAAUAAUUCAUUUUCUUCAGAGCUAGAAAAUCAUCAAGACAUUACCUACUACUUGGGUGCCGUCGCCUUGGCCCUUCUGAUCCUCGCCCUCCUCGCCUUGAUUGCCAUUAUCAUCGUCUUUAUUCAAGCUCGCCGCCAGCUUCACCGAACAUUGCCCAUUCAAAUCGAAGCCGAGUUCGCGCAUAUGCCCUACACAACGCUGGAUGUGGAGGGUCCCGAGAAUGUAAAACUGUACAAUGUGAAAUUGUAA